AUGUCAUCCGAAGCAUAUCCAAGAUACGUUCGUCCUAAUCGCGGUAAAGCCGCUAUUUCAUCUAGCAGCAGUACUAGUGUGGCAACAGUGUUAGCUACAGUACAUCCUGAAAUGUCCACACCCGCCGCCACCUCUUCUAAGGCGGCGCUCCAGCGAGGAUCUGCAUUUCAGGACCUAAUCCGCGAGCUCGCGGAGUCGUUGGCGGUUCUCGGUCCAUUUGGACUCUCUUCGAUCUGUUCUCUUCUAAUUACCGGAGAUGAACCCGAACCACUGCAAUUUCUCGGGAAGGGCAAGACGUUCUAUGUAUCAAAGAUCAAGCUUCCUGUUAAUGUUAAAAUUGAGCGUUCAUGGACCACGAAGCUAGUUCCGCCGGGAGACAUAAGUCCGCCAGAGCGGUUCCGCUGGGUUGAGCCCGGCCGCGGAAUUAUAACCUGUAAGAGGCCAUUGAUCGAACUGGACGAAGAGGGGAAUACAAAGGACUCGGCAGCAGAUGAGAGAGUAAGGGCCGUGAAACUAGAACUCCAGAUUUUGACGCAUCCUUGGCUUUAUUUACACAAGAACAUUGUUGAUUUUCUGGGGAUUAAAUGGGAAUGCAACCUGCCUGACUUUGAACCUGGCAGUAUUAUCAAUUCUGGCCCAAUUAUGAGAAUUCCUACAAUACUACUUGAAUAUGCCGAACAUGGAUCUUUGGAUAGUUUUCACCGGACGAAGCAUUACAAGACGUUAUCGCUGGGGAUCAGAGCUAAGAUUUGCAGAGAUGUGGCGGAAGGACUACACGCAUUGCAUGAAUCCGGUAUUGUGCAUGGAGAUGUUAAGCUGGACAAUGUUCUUAUAUUCGACGAGUACGACGAUCAUGGUGGUAGGGUAGCGUUUGGACUGAGAGCUAAACUUACGGACUUCGGAUUCAGCGUGAAGAGGUCGGAUGAGAGCUGCGCUGAAACGGACCAAGGUCCAAUGUGGAGGCUUAAGGGAAGGACGUGGCCAUGGAACGACCCGGGGUGGCAAAGCCUCCGGACCUGGAGCCAACUAGAAAAGAGCGAUGUUUUCUCCUACGGUUUGCUUGCCUGGUCAGUCCUUACCGGGGAGGAAAUCGGAAACCUGUUCGAUUUGGACGGUAUAACUAUCAAAGACCACCUGGAGUUGAGGAAGACCGUGGACGAUAUGAAGGACGUUAUACUGGGCCGGAACGCCGCAAAUAGUUUUCUAGAGGAAGACACAUCGGUGCAGCUUUUUACGGCAUGCUUGUUUGACUGCGCUUUGAAUCCAUACGUAGAGACGCGAGGGACAAUGGGAAAGGUCCUUGAGAUUUGGAAUACCUGGUACUUUGGAGAUCCACCAUCCCUGUCACUUCCACCAGGGAUAACUAUUGGACCCCCCGUGGACGUGGAAGAUCAUAAACGCGUCAAUUUCCAUCGGAUUGUUCGCGAAAUGACGGAAUUCCCGCUGUCUAUCAAGCAGCAGUACCUCAAGGCACUCACCGUGCUCGAUGAUGGCGAGGAAAGCUCCAAAGCUAUAUUAUUCCGUGCAUUUGCACAUCUUGUUGGAUGGGGUGUCGAAAGAAACCCAGAGGAGUCGAAACGAAUUCUAGAUUCAGAAUACCGAAUAGCGGACGUGGCUAUCUUCAAAGCCAUGUUCUUGCCUAUCGCGACGACAGAGGAAAGAAAUCUCGCGAUGGUGUAUGGGCAGAAAUGUGAACCAUAUGAACAAGAGAUCGCUAUCAAAUUAUUGUUCACAGUUCGUACCUCGCCAAGCUGUGAGCCAGUGGCACAGCUUAGAAAGUACUUCCCCUUUCCUAUUACGGGAAUAGGAAAUGGGAUCUAUGGUACCAUGCGGUGUCGGACUUAUCGAACAUGGAAAUAUAAUAUCGAUAGAGAAGACCAUCCCAUUAACCAUCAGAAGGAGCGCGGAGGAGAACUCUACGCCCAUGAGCUGCAGGAUAUCUGGACAAAACAACCCACAAUAAACCCUGGUAUUGGACACAACGAGUUGCAUUUCGCGGUCUUUUCAGGAUUCGCGGAGGCCAUCAAAAUAAUGAUUGAUUCUGAUGACUUUGAACGGCUAUCGCUGGAGAGUAAAGAUUACAACGGCGAUACCCCUCUGCUUUCCGCCUGUCGACAUGGUUUGUUCACUAUCGCGGAACUACUCAUCAAGGCAGGAGCCAAUGUCAAAGCAAGAAAUAGCUAUGGGGAAACAACUCUCCACUUUUUGGACGAUUUCGGUGAUCCCGAAGAGCUUACCGAAAUCUCCGCGUUGCUCUUUAAACACGGAGCGGCGGAUUUAAUAAAUGCAAAUUGCGAGGGGCGAUCGUACCCUUUGGCACCCACCUCUUUGAUGCCUAAUCUGAAGGGAACACCUCUAAAUACUGCCGUCAUGAGGAAUAACUUGGUUCUCAUCCGAAUCCUACUUAAACGUGGAGCAGACCCCUUCGGACUUUCAUCACCAAUAGACUCUCCCUCUCCUGCUAAAGUAGCGGCAUCUGGGCAUUUCAUUGAAAUACUGGAGUUAUUUUGGAAGGCAAACCCCUCGGAUAGAAACUGGGCCAACCCGAAUAACAAGCUGUUGCUACAUGCUAUUGGGGGCCUUUCUGAGGUUCAGAGAAUAUAUUUUCAUGCCACUAGGGCCAAGGAGAUGAUGCAAAGGACGCUCCGUUUUCUUCUUGACAGGGCAGUCUUAAGCUAUGGGAAAAUAACCUUUGACGGUCGACCGCUCCUCCACGUCGCCGCAGAACACGGGACCCCGGACAUGUUAGCAUUCAUCAUCUCGUAUGUUGGAAACUCGGAUAUUAAUAUAUACGAGCAGAAUUCGAAGACACCGGUACAUACAGCGAUACAGAACGGGGCAUAUGACAUUUUCCAAGUCUUAUUAGAGAACGGAGCAGAUGUUACCUUGCCCGUCCAAGGCCCAAUGGGAUCUAUAUCAAUCCUUGAGUACUGCUGCAUCAGCUCCGGUGAUGUGACAAACAUCAUCAGGUCUGUGCUUGAUAUCAACCCUUAUUCUAAGGAUACCGUUGAAAGGACCCGAAUCGGGCCAGCUAUUAGUACAUGUAACUUUGAGGCGGCUUCGCUGUUACUUGAGCGAGGUGUCGAUAUCGAUUGGAGCCCAGGCGACAAGUGCACUGUGAUUGGAUUUGUGAUUCUGAAUUGUACAACGAAUGCAAUUUCUCAACUCAAGUUCCUUCUCGAUCAUCAACUCGCCAUCGGCAAAAGACCAGCAAGUUUCCUUUGCUUCCCAUCAAGUGGUAAGACAGCCUUACAUGCGAUAGCCCUCUUGCCUUUGAAAUCUCCCCUUUACGACCAAAGCCUGCCUUGCAAUAUACUGGAUUACCUAUUGCACCGAUUUCCAUCUCCGGAGCAGAUAAAUGCAAUAGACAUAGAUGGAGAUACCGCACUGCAUCUCGCGGCUUACUGUGGCAAUUUUCAAAUGGUGCAGAAGUUACUGGAGAUUGAUUUAGUUCGCUGCGACAUUAAAAAUAGGCAAAAUCAGACAGCAUAUCAACUUGCGGAAAGAGAACUAGUGAAAGAAAUUCCGAAGAAGAUCAAAGAGUUGGGACCUCGAGUUGUCGAGCGCUAUAAGGGGGAUAGGGUUGAGGUGAUGAAUUUAUUUCUUACAAAGUUUGGAGAUGGAUCAUAUUACGAUUUCGAUGAGGUGGAAGCGGUUGCCGUAAUUGAUUUAGGAGAUGGUACGGGGAGGAACGGUCACCUGGUUCUCGCCAGGUAG